GUAUAUUCUAUGAUUAGAACUACUUUAUACUGUAGUUAUAGAGCAAUGAAUUGAAACAAUUUUUAAGAACCGAACCGAACGGUUGCACUCAUUAUAAUCAUUAAUAUUGUGAUACACUUUGAAUAACAAUCAAUUGAUUCAUUUAUAGUAACAUUAAUUGUUUGCUAACUUAUGAUAUUUAUUUUGAUUUGAGUCCACGUCUAGUGUUUAAUUGAAUUAACAGUCAAUUAGUUUAUAUUGAAUUUAAUUGAAUAAUUGACUGACUUUUGCCAUACAUUGACAUCAAUUAUACAUUUGUUUUGAUAUAUUUUCUAUCAUUAGUUUUGAUGUCUUUUUAAUUCAAUAUUUUUGAAUAUUUAUAAAUUUGUGUCAAUAAUCAAGUUAUAAGACGAAGACACAAAUGUCGGGUCAGAAGACAUCUCCGUUGAAGAACUUCUUUGCCGGUGGUUUUGGUGGUAUGUGUUUGGUAUCAGCGGGUCAUCCAUUGGACACAAUCAAAGUGCGAUUGCAGACAAUGCCGCUACCAAUGGCCGGACAGAAACCAUUAUAUGCGGGAACUUUUGAUUGCGCGAAGAAGAUUAUAGUCAAAGAAGGGGCACUCGGACUAUACAAAGGCAUGGCUGCGCCCCUCACGGGUGUCAGUCCUAUGUUUGCCGUCUGUUUUCUUGGAUUUGGUAUCGGAAAGCGUUUACAGCAAACCAAAGAAGACGAUCCGUUAACUAUGAUUCAAUUGUUUAAUGCGGGUAUGAUAUCGGGUGUGUUCACAACUGCCAUAAUGGCACCGGGAGAGAGAAUCAAAUGUCUAAUUCAAGUACAGGCAGCAGACUCUAAGACACCCAUCAAAUACAAGGGACCCGUCGAUUGUGCCAAACAAUUGUAUCGCGAGGGAGGAAUAAGAAGCAUAUAUAAGGGAACGGCAGCCACUCUUUUGCGAGACGUACCGGCGAGUGGCAUGUAUUUCAUGACAUAUGAAUGGUUACAACAAGUUUUAACACCAGAAGGCAAAUCACGAAGUGAUCUGAGUGCUGGUCGAACUUUAUUUGCUGGAGGAAUGGCCGGUAUUUUUAACUGGAUGGUAGCCAUACCUCCAGAUGUACUCAAGUCUAGACUUCAAACAGCACCGGAGGGUAAAUACCCGAAUGGUAUUAGGGAUGUAUUUAGACUAAUGCUCAAAGAGGAGGGUAUUGGAGCUCUUUAUAAGGGCGCCACACCUGUUAUGUUAAGAGCUUUUCCGGCAAACGCCGCCUGUUUUUUUGGGUACGAGUUGGCCAUGAAAUUCCUUAAUAAGUUUACUCCUAAUCUUUAAUGUCAAGAUUUUUUAUCACCAUUUAUUCAAUUAUUGAAAUAAUAAUAAUUAUGAAAGUAAACACAAACACC